AUAAAAUAAAAUUUCGAUUGUUACUUAAUCAAUCACGAUCGUCAUUACAUUUUACGAGUGUUUUUCUGUGUGGGUUUCCUGCUCCGGAGUACACACAACAGCGGCAGUCGACACAAAUAAAAUUUGUUUGAGUGACACUUCUUAUAUUUUUCUUGGGUUCCUGCAGCUAGCGUUUGACUUCAGAGUUUCAAACAAAAUGUCUCUUCCAAGCCUUGAUCCGACUCAGUCCCUGGACUUGCCUGCUCAACCUCCUCCGCUCAUGCCAGCAAGUACCUUGCCAACUCCAAUGGACACUACCCCAAGCCCUAAUGUUAUAAGCUCAUUGCCCAAUACCAACACAAUGCAAACUAUGCAACUAGGAAAUGUUUUACAAGCCAGCAAUGCCACCCCAACACUACCAACCAUCCCUGCAACGCCAAUCCAACCAAGUGUGCCUGCUCCUCCUGUUCAAAGUUCAAUAGCAGCCAAAAGUCAAGCUGCCAGUUCAUCGACAGCUAAUACGGUAUCUGAUGCACCAGCACAGCUUUUGAGCAAAGCAAGAUUACAGGACUUGGUGAGGGAGAUUGACCCCAAUGUUCAAUUAGAUGAUGAAGUAGAGGAACUGCUCAUGCAGCUGGCUGAUGACUUUGUAGAAACUGCUGUAAACUCAGCAAGUCUCCUUGCCAAACAUCGCAAAGCAAGCACAAUCGAUGUCAAGGACGUGCAACUACAUUUAGAGCGCAAUUGGAAUAUGUGGAUACCUGGAUUUGGUAAUGAUGAGAUUCGUCCAUUCAAACGUGCAGCUAUGACGGAAGCUCACAAACAGAGACUUGCUUUGAUACGAAAGGCACUGAAGAAGUAUUAGUUAUAGUUUCAAGACAACCUUUUUUUUUUCUUCUACCUGAACGCAAUUUUGUAAGUCUUACUUACCUGACCAAAAAAGUAGUUUUGAAAUUAGUCAUGAUGUAGGACUAGUGUUCAUGGUUUGAUGACUUCAUAUGUGAUACAAAAUAUUUAAAGUUGUUUUGUUGUCAUGUAAUUUUUUUAAUCUUGAAUUUUUUUUUGUUUUGGUGUGAACCUGAUAGUGCAAUAUAUUAGUUGUGUUUCCCUGUAAAAUCAAUUUAAUGUAACUUAUGUUUCUUUUCAAGUCCAGCUGAAGGUUCUAUGGAAGAGAGCUGAGUCUUUUGUACCUUGACAGCUUUGCCAUUUUUGUGGCGUUUUUGUGCAAAUUAUUAUGUUUUCUUAUAGUGUACAUAUUUUUGUUUAAACUAAAGAUUCCCUUUGUAUCUCAGACUUGUUUGGUUGCAGUGAUGUCUUGAAUGCCAUUUGUCUCAUGCAUUUUAAAUUUCAAGACAAUUAUAAUUUUCACUUGCCAAGGAGCGCUUGCAAGAGAAAUGGAUCCUUAUGUGCAGUUUCUGUAUGUGGAGUUUUCACCCCUAAAUUCAUAAUGUCACAAAUGUUUCAAUGUUUCUUUUUUUCUUCUUGUAUAAAAUAAUAAGCAUUUUGCAAAGACCUUGAUCUCAGUGAAAAGUGUUACUCCUUUAAAAGUGAGUUUCCUAUUUGCAAGGGUCUCUGAUUAAUGACUUGGCUCAAUCAUGCCUGAAAGUACAGUACAGCAAUUCUUAGUUUGUAAUAAAUGGUCAUAAUAGGAGAAAAAUAAUAACCUACAUUCUUAUGUA